GUCGCACGUCUGGCCGGCGUUCAGGUGCUGUCGGCCAGUCAAACGCAGGACCAGGACUGCCCUCGGGCAUUUCCCCCACAGCGGAGGUGGGUGGUGACAAGGGGAAAAAGAAAGUAUCAGCUUCUCCCUACUGUGACUUCUGCCUCGGCGAUGCUUCGGAGAAUAAGAAGACUGGGGCGCCAGAGAGCUUGGUGUCGUGCGCAGAUUGCGGUCGUUCAGGUCACCCAACAUGUCUUCAGUUUACGUCUAACAUGAUGAAGAGUGUUGUUAAGUACCGGUGGCAGUGUAUUGAGUGUAAGACGUGUACUCUCUGCGGCACUUCUGAGAAUGAUGAUCAACUCUUGUUCUGUGAUGACUGUGACCGUGGUUAUCACCUUUACUGCCUCACCCCACCCCUGUCAGAACCGCCAGAGGGUGAAUGGUCGUGCUACCUCUGCCUCCGAGAAUUCCAUACCAAGUAAAGCCCUUUGCUGGUGGCUUGUACAAUUCGCAGAGUUGUUAAACGUCAUCCAUCCAGCAUGUAGGAAGCAGGCACCAGAAGGUGGAUGCAUAUUGCAGGUCUUCUAUUCAGUCACAAUGGGUUGUCUAGAGAGGCAUUUUGGAUAACUUGAUAGGAGGAGAGAGAUGAGCACUUCUGGUUAUUUA